AUGCAGUUCUCAGCCUCCGCAGCCGUUCCUAUCCUUGCUCUAUCACUAGCCUUUAUAGGUUCAAACGCUCAAGGAUCCCAAAAUAACACUAGUACCACAUUAUACUUGGCUGUGAGCAGCUCAACUUCUACCGGUCAAGGUUCGGCUGCAGCUUCAGGAAUGGCUAUGGGAAUGGGAGGAGGAUCUGGCAUGGCUAGCAGUAGCAGCAGCAACAGUGGUACUAGCGGCAGCAGCAACAUGACAAGCAGUGGAAGCAGUGGCAGCAGUGGCAGCAGUGGCAGCAGUGGCAGCAGUGGAAGCAGUGGAAGCAGCGGUGGCGAGAGCAGCGCUAGCAGUGCUAGCAGCCCUGACCCUAAUAAUAAUGCCAACGCCGACUCCAGGAAUGGAACUAACCCAUCAAUGCCUGACAUUCCAACUUCAAUACCCUCACCCGUCAUCCCUCAAAAUCCCACCUUUACAUCUCCGGCUAUUUUAAUGCCUACUGGAAUGAACCCUGCUGGAGGCAUGGGAGGCAACAACGCUGGUGGAUCUGGUACCGCUGGUUCCAUGGCCAUGGGAGGCAACAGUGCUGGCGGCGCUGGCGCAGCUGGAUCUAUGUCGAUGGGAGGUAACAGUGCUGGUGGCGCUGGCGCAGCUGGAUCUAUGUCGAUGGGAGGAAACAGCGCUGGUGGUGCUGGCGCAGCCGGAUCUAUGUCGAUGGGAGGUAACAGUGCUGGUGGCGCUGGCGCAGCUGGAUCUAUGUCCAUGGGAGGUAAUGCUGCUAUGGGCGAAGCCGGUGCUGCUGGUGUCGGAACAGCAGGUACGACUGCCGCUGGUGUCAUGAACGGAAAUGCAGGAGACAACGGUGGUGUCAAGGCAGCUGAAUCGUCAUCAACGGUUACAAUGCCAGUAUCAGAUAGUGCCGCUUCAACCCUAUGGAAUGUCCGUAUAUUUGAUGUGGACGGAGCUAUUGUCGGGGCAAUUCUCAGUGCUCUAGUCCUUAGCUUAUGGUAA